GUUGCGCAAAGCGUGGAUCAGCACAUUACGCUUAUCGUGAGUGGUGCAACGGUUAAGUCGGCAACGUGUCGAGGCUCUGGUUGUAACGGGAAGCAACUUUCAGGGAGCCUUAGGAGGCAAUUUGGUGGUGGCGGCUCCAUGGACUUCCAUGGGAACCGCUAAAUUACAGUUUUCGGUGCAUGGCGGCGUAUUGGAAUAUCGUGGAAGCCAGAGGACGGCACACCGUUGUUGGGGAUUCUUUUGGACGCUUCUCCCUGCAAGAGGACGUCAUCUGUGGUACGGUUGAGUGCUCGGCAGCCUAACCCGAGUUUUUCUAUGCCAAAGGUGCUCUCUGUCAUGGAAUCUUGUUUGUACGGGAACGACAACACCCUCUUUUUUGUGCAGGCGAUUCAGUGUGUGCAUUUUGGAGCGACAACGGCGUAUAGCAGUGGCAUUUUGCCUGUGUUCUUACCACCACCACCAGCAACACCACGUUCCACCUUGUACUCGUCGUUUUGCUCAAAAAGCCUUCACUUUUUUUUAUUCCACAGAUGUCCCGGUAGGUACUUGUCGGCCGAGACAGCGCCAUACGAGCACCCCGGGCUGGUUGUGCGCGGUGGAGUCUCACCAAUGAUCCACCUGGCGUACCCCCGCUAAAACACCCCCUCUUUUUUGUCGGACUGUCUGCCUACACCCCCCAUCAGACUGCCACAGCGCAGGCGGAUCGGUUCCCACGGCAUCUUUUUGCCAGCGCCCUGGCCCGCUAAAAGCGAGCACAGUAAGCCCUGGGGCUCAUGCCGUCUUAGCCAGAUUCGACGUACGCCCUGCUUGGCUCGUUCGGUCUCGCGCUUUCCCAUUCUGUAUAUAUCCACAAACUCUCCACGACUCAACCUUUACACCAGCAUCUUCCCCUCUCGCCCUUUAUUCCAGCAAAUCUCGAACUCUAUCUUACAACCUUGCUACGCCAACUCUUCCUUGUUGGGGUCAUCGAUAUUCCAAUUUUUGGAAGUCAAAUAAACCAACUCUCUUUGCUCGUUUAGUUUCGCUUUAGCACGCAAAUCCAACAACUACGACUCGCGAUCUCUCAUUGGCCUUGCUUUGUUGACCAUUUUAUAUACCAACCGAAUUCUCUCUCCGUCGAAUCACCGUUGCUAUUUUCCCUGCCUUGCUGCAAGAAAAAGCAUCAUCUGAUUGAAUCCCCAUUCUCCAACCAAAACAACACACACCGAUCGUAUAGUUGUCCAGCCUGUCACGACAGCCGGACAUCACCCCAAUACCUUCACAACGGAAUCCGUACCUUUAGAAAAGAUGGAGACGUACCAUGGCUACGUCCGUACCCCGGCGGAUGCUAUCAAGCUCUUCGAAGCCUGCCGCCUGGGCCUCCUCCCCCGCGUGCAGCGCCGUCUCUCUGAGAAGGAGAGACAGUCUAUCCGCUCUGGCUCUGUCUUCGUCUGGGACGAGCGGGAGGCUGGCAUGCGUCGCUGGACUGAUGGCAAGUCCUGGAGCGCCAGUCGCGUUUCCGGCAGCUUUCUCACUUACCGUGAGAUGGAGGGCAAGCGUGGAGGUGGCUUUGGUAACACCAGCCGCCGAUCCAACAAGAGCCCUGAUGGUCGCACCAGCGAUGAGGAUCUCGACGACAACGAGCCCGAGGGCUAUCGCUACAAGGCCGACGGUCUGAUGAAGCAGUCUUUCAGCAUCACUACCUCGACUGGCCAGCACCUCCACCUCAUCUCUUACUACUCUCGCCCUCAACCUGGACAGCCUGAGAUGCAACAGCCUACGACUGACGCUGCUCUUCGAGCAAUCGUCCCCGUCAAGGGCAUGUAUCCCGAGUCUAGCAUGGGCGAGACAAACCAGACUCCUGCUCUCACUCGCGCACCCAUGCAGCAAGCUCCCUACAUGAUUGCUCCUCAGCACGCUCCUCAACAGGCCUACCCUCCUCACUACCAACCGGGUUACGGAUGGCCUCCUUCUCCUGCGGUAACUCCCCCAUACUCGCACUAUACGACCGCUCCUUACCCUCCAACCGCCCACACUCUUCCUCCUCCUCAUCACGGCUACUCACAGCCCCCUCACUAUGCCGCUCGUCCUUACGAGCGUGCCUCGCUUCCCCCUUUGCAGCAUAGCACUCCUAAGACGGCAACUGUGCCUAGCUACCACGGCAUUGGCCACCGUCUCUCUCCUCCUCACUCGCAUGACUCUCUUCCUCACAUGCCCGCUGACCUUGCUCGCAAGGGCUCAAACGGUCCUCUACCGGCUCUCAACACUAUGACUAAACCACCCCAAGUUGGUGCCGGCACUCCCCCUACCCGCUAUGCCAGUGCCAGCCCCUCCCGCACCUCCAUCUCGGAGAUGCCUACGGGACACCGCUCUAGCCUUUCGGCGCUCCUCCACCCUACUCCUGCGAGUAGUGAGAAUGGCGACGACUGCAACUCUCGCAUGAACAGCAUUAGCUCAGGAAGAGGCGCAGUCUCUGAGGAUGCUAGAGCGUUGGGCAUGUUGGACCGCAAGUUCUGCCUCUAAGCGAGGCAGGCCACUGAGUGGCAUGUAUAUUUAUCUGGGCAUGGAAUUUCUUCAUACUGUAACCAAUGAGCGGGAUUACAGUAUUCAUUUUUUUUAUUCAACUUAUGGAAACACAUACACAUACACAGGCAUAAAGGGCCAGCCGUCGGCGCACGGCAACAUUUUAUGGGAAUUUAUUUGGCGUAUAUAUAUACCAAGUGCUCUCGCAGAGGGCCUUUACAUAGACAUGAAAUGAAACGACAUACUUUCAAACUACUCUAUUGUUCCUGUAAAGUUGUUUUAAGUGUAACUCUGCUUCUCAUCAAACUCUGUGACAAAUCGCUAUGACGAGACUUUGUACGCGUAAGGAUGGUUUCGGGAAGCC